AUGGACGGAGGCUGGUUCAAGAAAAAGGUGGGGGCUGUCUCAGCCCGAUUCACCUCUUCUCCAGGAAAUGACACACCCAUCUCGGCCCCCAUUUCCUUCCGCCAAGAGUACCACGUAGGCUUCAACAAAGAGACGGGCAAGUUCGAGGGUAAUUUGCCCAAGGAAUGGGUGACGCGACUGGCCGCGUCAGGCAUCACGCAGGAACAGAUGCAGGAGGACACGACCACCCUAGCCGCGGUGAUCCAAUUCCACGAUCACCUUCUCGGCCGCGAGGAUGAACAACCCAGCCCUCCCACAAACAACCCACACCCGCUGCACUCAAGCGCGAGCUCGGGCGCGCAACGCUACGAGCCGGGAGGCGGCCGGGGCCAUGCGCGGACGCUGUCGGGGUCGGCCACGGCCGGUUCCAAGGUGGCGCGAUCGCCCUAUCGCACGCCCAUCCCCGCCAAACCCCUCCCGCCCCCGCCCGGUUCGUCCAUCGGCGGUUCAGCUCCCGCCUCUCCCGCCUCCUUCUCGCCCGCCGCCUCGCCGCGCUCCUCUCCCACCGGCAGUGCCAUCCAAUCUCCUCCCAUCCCCGCCAGCGGACUCCAAAAGCCUUCAUAUAUCGCGGCGGGCCGCGGCGGCGGACUCAGCGGGAGCGGAGGCGGGCAGCGACUAUCCUAUCGGGCACCGCUGCCCUCGGCUCCCGGCUCGGGUGGUCCACCCGGCUCGGCGCCCAUGCGGCCACCGCCACCGACCGGCCGCGGCAGGGGCGGUGCGCCGCCCAUGCCCCAGCAGCUGCCCAAGCCCUCGUUCCAGGCGCCGCCGAUCCCCUGCCACCAGCCUCACCCCGUCGGCGCACCGCGGGAGGAGGACGGCCCGAGCGACAACGGCCACAACGGAAGUGGCGGCGGUUCGAUGGAAGCGCUGCCCACCCUCGGACCCGACGUCGACGUCGAGGACCUGGUGUCGCACGAGGACCCGCUCACCCUCUACUCGGGCAUGCAGCUUCUUGGGCAAGGAGCGUCCGGAGCGGUCUACAGUGCCACGGAUUCGCGAAAUGGCAAGCUGGUGGCGAUCAAACAGAUGGUGAUGGCCAAGCAGAUCAAGCGGGAGAUCCUGGUGAACGAGAUCCGAAUCAUGAGCGAAAGCCGUCACCCCGCCAUCGUACAAUAUAUUGACAGUUACAUUGUUGGCGGUUCGUUGUGGGUGGUGAUGGAGCUCGUCGAGGGAGGAUCGCUCACCGAGAUCAUCGAAAACAUCCGCCACGAGGUGCGAGAGGACCACAUGGCCGCCAUCUGCAAGGCCACGCUCGAGGGUUUGCAUUAUCUGCAUACGCGCCCGCAUCCGAUCAUCCACCGCGACAUCAAGUCGGACAACAUCCUGGUGGGCCUCGACGGCGCGGUCAAGAUCACGGACUUUGGCUACGGCGCGCAGCUGGGCGGCGGAUUCGCCGACGAGAGAAUCUCCGUCGUGGGCACCACCUACUGGAUGGCCCCCGAGGUCGUCACCGGCAAGAAAUACAAGACGAACGUGGACGUGUGGUCGCUCGGCAUUAUGGCGCUGGAGAUGGUGGAGGGCGAACCGCCCUACAUGGGCGAGCCGAUGCUCAAGGCGCUCUACAUGAUCGCCAAGGAGGGCAGGCCGGCGUUCAAGAACCCCGGCGGCAUGUCCCCCGACCUCAAGGACUUCAUUGAACAGUGUACCAUUAUGGAUCCCGUCGACCGCCCCUCCGCCGCCCAGAUGCUCCAGGACCAGCUCGUGCCGCUGGUCAUCUCGAACAAGAAGAAGAAGGAUGCCGAGGCCUCGAUCCACGCGGCCUUCCUCAUCUAA